GUUUGUUCCCUUGUCUCCAGGCACAGCUGCGCAGAUGCGUAUCGGUCUUUCGCUAGUAGACUACUGGUCACGAAGCACCAUAAGCUCAAGAGUAUUCGCAAGAUGUACUCUCCACUGAAAAGCUGCAUGGAUGCGACUGCUCCGGCGUUUGACGCUCGAAGGAACUUUGGGGAGUACAUGGUGCAGCAUCUGAGGCGCCAUGCCGGAUCUAAAUUGAUAAACGGCACGAGCCACAAAGCCAUCACCUAUAGCAUCGUAGCAGAGCAGGUGGGUGCCGUGCGGGCAGCACUCUGCCGAUUGGGCCUCAACGCAGGAGACAAGAUCCUGCUUCUCAGCGCCAAUCGGAUGCAACUGCUGCCGAUGCUUUUAGGUGCAGCGUGUGCGAACGUGGCAUGCGUCAGUGAAAGUCCGGGCUUCAGUGCCGAUGUCGUGGCUGACGCGAUGCAAACUCUGUCCCUGGCAUGCGUCUGUUGUGAGCCGGACCGGAUUGACGAGGCCCUUGAAAUAAAGCAAAGAUUACCUUCUAUUAAGUACAUCAUCGCAAUGGACGAACCGAAGAACAAAAUAGACGGCGCAGUGGACUGCGUGAUCACAUGGAACGAGCUGUUGCAGAAGGGCCGCGCACAGAACGGGACAACGUCGCCCCCUGUCGAGUAUCGUGAAGACACGAUCUGCUACAUGACGUCUACAAGCGGCACGACCGGCAGGCCAAAGCUGGUAGUGCAUUGCCACGAGUCUCUAGUGGCUCUAAUUCAAUCAAACAGUCACCCUAUGCACAUGGGUCUGGGUCCACAAGACGUGUCCCUUUCUACAACAUCGUUGGGUCACGUGUACGCACUGUAUGACGGGGUCUGCAAGGCUAUCGCCCAGGGAGCGUCGGCCGCCUUUAUGGAGACUGCCGAAUCGAGCGCAAUAUUCGAGGCUAUCUACAAACACAGAGUCACAGCACUAACCACAACGCCUUACACUGUGAGGUGCCUGCUGGACGACGAUCGGCGCCACAGUUAUGACCUGCAGAGUCUUCAGUACGUCACCACAGCGACCACGUGCAUCGGGGAAGACGUUGUACAGGCAGUGAUCAGGGAAUUUAAUCUCAAAACUUUUAUACAGCUGUAUGGUCAGUCUGAAAUACCUCUAAUCUCAGCUGGCCUUUACAAUGCGCCGACCAACGGCAAGUCCAUCGGCUGUUUGGCUUUCGGCGUCGAAGCAAUGGUGCGCGACACAGAAACAAGACAGCCGGUGGGACCUUGGCAACGCGAAGAGCUCGUGCUACGAAGUCCAAGCCUGAUGCGUGGAUACUGGGGGAGACUUCAUGAGCCCAUCACUGACGAAGAUGGCUGGUACAGGACAGGUGACCAGUGCUACUACGACAAUGAUGGUUGGCUGUACCUGGUCGCGCGACUAAGCGACUUCUACUGCUGCCGCGGGAGCAAGUUCUGGCCUUCCGAAGUCGAGGCCGUGUUGUUCAAGUGUCCGGGGGUUCACGACUGCGCCGUCGUGGGGAUACCGCAUCCCGAAGCUGGAGAAGUGGCGCACGCCCUGGUUGUGCCCGAACCGCGAGCGAGAGCGUUGAGCGCCGAACACAUCACGCAAUUCGUAGAAGCCAACGCACCGAAGGGCUGCCACCUUGAAGGCGGCGUAACAUUUGUUGACAAGAUUCCACGCAACAAUCUCGGAAAACUCGUCAGGCGUCAGCUUGUGCAGUGGAUUCUCGCGAACCGAGAACUGUGAGGCAUCGCAAGUCGUCAAACUGCGGCCAAGCAUCUCGCGUGCAGCACGUGAUCAUUUCCCGAACCUGCAUCGUGCACCUGUGUAAGCCGGCCAUCGAUAUACAGUGCCGUGACCAGUGAUGACCGCUGGAUGCAUAAUAGCAUAUUCUGCAAUGCUUCAAUUCGUACAAAACACAGGCCUUACAACACACUAUAAUUACGUAUAUACACAAAGGAUGUUAUGGAUAACGACUAGCUUCAUCACACACACAGACACACACACACACACAAACACACACACAAACACACACACACACACAAACACACACACACACACACACACACACCAAGGAAAACUUCGAUAAACGCACUUCAUGUCGUACAUUUAUAGCAGUGCUGUACAUGUGUAAUAUAUCAAAUAAAAUGUACUAUAAUAGAA